GAGAAAAACAACAUGCCAGGAACAAGAGCGAACGUAAACGAAGAUGGCGGACCCAGCGGUAAUGGGGAGUCAUUCUUUAGGAACAGGAACAGGAACACGAUCUGGAGGGAGUAAGACGGCCUCAAACCCCGCAGAGAAUUAUUACCUAGCUCGUCGGCGCACCCUGCAGGUUGUGGUGAGCUCCUUGCUGACAGAAUGCGGGUUCGACAGCGCGGAGAAGUCCGCUGUGGAGUCGCUGACGGAGAUGAUACAGAGCUACAUCUCUGAAGUGGGGCGCAGCGCCAAGAGCUACUGCGAGCACACGGCGCGGACCACCCCCAUGCUGUCCGACGUGGUGCUCACGCUCAUCGAGAUGGGCUUCAACGUGGACACCCUGCCCAUUUAUGCAAAGAGGUCUCAGAGGAUGGUUAUAACCGCGCCCCCCGUCACGAACGCGCCCGUGGCCCCCAAAGCCCUGACGGCGGGACAGAAGCGGACCCACCCCUCACACAUCCCCAGCCACUUCCCCGAGUUCCCCGACCCCCACACCUACAUCAAAACCCCGACGUUCCGGGAGCCCGUGUCGGAUUACCAGGUGGUGCGGGAGAAGGCGGCGUCCCAGCGGCGGGACGUGGAGCGGGCGCUCACGCGCUUCAUGGCCAAAACGGGCGAGACGCAGAGCCUGUUCAAGGACGACAUCACCGCCUUCCCCCUGAUCGCAGCCAGGCCCAGCUCUAUCCCCUACCUGAACGCUCUGCUGCCAUCAGAGCUGGAGCUGCAGUCUCUGGAGGAGACAGACUCAUCCGAGCAGGAUGACCAGACAGACAGUGAGAACGCCACCGGCAACAUCAUCAAUGACGACUCCGGAGCGGACAAGGAGAACUCUGUGCUGCCCCCUGGCGGGGUGGUGCCCACGGCCAAGGCCAACGAAGAAAACAUGAUCGACAACCCCUACCUGCGGCCGGUCAAGAAGCCCAAAGUCAGGCGGAAGAAGUGAGCGCGUAGCCCACAGACUCUCUCUCGCUCUCUCCCCACGAGCACGCACGCAGAGGCGCACAAGAGAAUGCAGCAACACACCAGCAAGAGGUGCCAGGGGUGGCCUCUAGGCAUGGACACGAGAGGAUACACAGGCCGCUCCGGCCCCUGGCCUCGUCUGGGAAGAGAGGAGGCCUUCGCCGUCUGACUGGAGCAACCUGCCUUUCGCUCCAGUGCUGUCGAACACACAGGACUAACCCAUCAACGCAUUUCUUCGGUGCUCUGAGCACGUGCGGACUUGUUUUUACUUUUUUUUUUUUUCUUUGCCCUUAUGAAUAUAAACAAUCCUUAAUUGAGAUUUUUGUUUUGUUUUCGUGUACAAAUAAGCUUCUCUCCAGUUGACUGCGUUGCAAACAGUUCCCAUUUCCGUUUGUUGGAAUGUUUGUUUGGUGACGAACGUAAGCUGUUCCAGUCGACGAAUGAGUUGCUCACAAAAAAAAAAAUUGGGAGGCCUUCAUUAAAGGUGCACUCAUCAAAAGUAGAUGCUUGGAAAUGUUUCUCUUCAUGAUGUCCCUGGAUAUUUGUAUUUGUUCAGUAAUAUAACAUAUUGCUGUAAAAAAAAUAUUUUUUUCACCUGUCUGGCCCAUAAUAUACUGACAUUUAUUUAUUUGCCACUGGAAAAAAAAUAUGUGGUUAAAGUGCACAUUGUCAGAUUUUAACGAAGGCCAUUUUUAUGUUUUGGUUUCACCAUGUAAAAAUUACACUACAUAGCCUAGUAUAAACUCCAUAUUAUACACCCCCAUUUCAGGGCACCAUAAUGUUUGGGACACAGCAAUGCUAUGUAAAUGAAAGUAGUCAUGUUUAGUGUUUUCUUGCAUAUCCUUUGCGUGCAGUGACUGCUUGAAGUCUACGGUUCAUGGAGUAGCUGGGUGUCUUCUCUGGGGAUGCUCUGCCAGGCCUGUACUGCAGCCAUCUUUAGCUCAUACAUGUUUCAGGGGCUUGUCCGUUUUCUCUUCAGCAUAUGAUUGAUUGAUUGGGUGAUUGACUUGGCCACUGAAGAAUUGACAAUUUCUUUAGCUUUGAAAACUCCAUUGUCUUGCUGUAGAAUGAACCACCGGCCAAUUCAGUUGAGGCAUUCACUUGAACUUCAGCAGAUAGGAUGUGUGUUUACACUUCAGAAUUACUUUUGCUACUACCAUCAGCAGUGAUAUCAAUGAAGAUAAGUGAGCCAGUACCUCCGGCAGCCAUACGUGCCCUGGUCAUAACAUCCCCCACUUGACUCUCCUCCAUACUUUGCUCUGGUCAUCGCUCUGAUGUAAAUGAAUAUUCAUCUCAUCUGUCCACAGGACCUUUUCCCAGAACUGUGGUUGCUCUUUACGUGCUUUGAGGCAAACUGUAACCUGGCCAUCCUUUUUUUGCAGCUAACCAGUGGUUUGCAUCUUGCAGUGUAGCCUCCAUUUCUGUUUGUGAUGUCUUCUGCAGACAGUGGUCAUUGACAAACCCACACCCGACUCCUGAAGAGUGUUUCUGGUGUUUGGGCAUUUGGUUUUUAUUAUGGAGAGAAUUCUUCUGUCUUCCUUGGCCUGCCAGUCCCUUUGCCUUUAGUAAGCUCACCAGUGCUUUCUUUUUAUUUAUCUUCCAAAGAGUUGAUUUUGGUAAGCCUUUGGUUUGGCCGAUGUCUCGACUCUUUGGUCCUCAUGUUGGUAAAUAGCAAUGAUAGUUUCCAAAGGUGAUCUGAAGACUAGAGGAAAGACUAGGUGAUGAGAGCUCUCUUAUACCAGCAUUAAGGAGGCAAUUAAACACACCUGAGCAAUUACAAACACCUGUGAAGCCAUGUGUCCCAAACAUUAUGGUGCCCUGAAAUGUAUGUAAUUCCUACCUGGUGAAACCAAAAUGUAUAAAAAUACCCUUUAAUAAAAUCUGAGAUUGUGCACUUUAACCACAUGUUAACUGUGUGAUUCCAAAUCAAAGAUUUUGGUAAAUCGGAGGCAAAUGAAGACGUGUAAUGGGUGUGGGGGGCACUGCAUUUGCAGUUUGAAUUUCUUUAACUGGUCUCUAUUUUUCUCCUGAAACAGCUAGUUGUUGGCUUGCCAUGUUCCAGUGAAAUGAACCUUACACUGUGUAGCAGAGUAUAAACGUGUGCUAUGACUGACAACGUACAUCACCCCAAAUACAUUUAUUUUGUGAAAA